AGACUCAGAUAGCUGAAUCAGGUUCUGAACUUCUCCAUUGUGUGGAUGUGUUAAGAUCUGGGGAUUUGGUGUGGGCUCUUCUAUAGGUAUAGUUUUCUUGUGUGAUAAUUCUAUCUAAUAUAAGUAGUCAGACUGAACUGAACUAUCUGUCAAACAGCAGUUCUGCUCUGAAACUCUAAACUCUCAGAAGAAAACUGGAGACUGACAUUGAUCAGGGUGAUUCUGCAGCUGUAAAUUUUUCUGAAGGAGAAACGUUUGGUGGGCUAAAGCAUGACAGGGGUAAAAAGGAAAAAGAAAAGUGCAGUGUGCUGGAAGAUCUAUGCUCUUCGUUGUGAAGAUAUCAAGCUGUGGUGCCUAAGAAGGUUUCCUAUUUUGGAGUGGGCAACCAACUACAAUGUAAAGGAAAAUUUGAUUCCUGAUGCCAUUUCUGGAAUGAUGUUGGCAAUUCAACAGGUGACACAAGGGCUGGCCUUUGCUGUUUUGUCUUCAGUCCACCCAGUAUUUGGUUUAUAUGGCUCUCUCUUUCCUGUCAUUAUUUAUGCCAUAUUUGGGAUGGGACGCCAUGUUGCAACAGGAACGUUUGCUUUAACUUCUUUGAUAUCUGCCAAUGCUGUUGAACGUCUAGUUCCUCUGAGCAGCAAUAAUUUCACUACAAGUAACAAUUCAGGAGUCUUGGGUUUAUCAGAAUUUGAAAUGAAGAGGAUUGGAGUUGCUGCAGCAGUUUCAUUUUUAGGAGGAAUCAUUCAAGUAACAAUGUUUGUGCUUCAUUUGGGAAGUGCCACUUUCUUGUUAACAGAACCAGUGAUAAGUGCAAUGACAACUGGGGCAGCUACGCAUGUCGUGACUUCACAAGUGAAGUAUCUUUUGGGAAUGAAAAUGCCAUAUAUAUCAGGACCACUGGGAUUCUUUUACAUUUAUGCCUACAUUUUUGAAAAUAUCAAAUCGGUUCAAUUAGAAGCUUUACUUCUGUCCUUGCUGAGCAUUGUGGUGCUUGUUCUCGUUAAAGAACUGAAUGAAAAAUUUAAAAGAAUCAUUAAAGUCAUUCUUCCCAUUGAUCUAGUUUUGAUAAUUGCUACAUCCCUUGCCUGCUACUAUGCUGAUAUGGAAUACACCUAUGGCCUAGAAGUUGUGGGACAUAUUCCAGAAGGGAUGCCACCUCUGAAAGCCCCAACCAUGAAUGUCCUCUCUGAAGUAAUAACAGAAGCUUUUGGAGUGGCACUAGUUGGCUAUGUAGCAUCACUAGCCCUGGCCAAAGCAUCUGCUAAAAAAUUCCGGUACUCUGUGGAUGACAAUCAGGAAUUUUUGGCUCAUGGCCUCAGCAAUGUGAUUCCUUCAUUUUUCUUUUGCAUACCAAGUGCUGCAGCAAUGGGACGUACUGCACUUUUGUACAGCACUGGAGCAAAAACUCAGGUGGCUUGCCUGAUAUCUUGUAUAUUCAUACUUGUGGUGAUCUAUGCAAUGGGACCAAUGUUAUACUGGCUGCCUAUGUGUGUUCUAGCAAGUAUCAUUGUUGUUGGUCUAAAGGGGAUGCUAAUGCAGUUCCGUGACUUAAAAAAAUAUUGGAAUGUGGAUAAAAUAGAUUGGAGCAUAUGGGUUAGUACCUACGUGUUUACAAUAUGUUUUGCUGCUAACGUGGGACUGUUGUAUGGAGUUGUCUGCACUAUAAUGAUAAUGAUUUUCCGCUUCCCCAGAGCAGAGACACUGAUUUUGAAAAAUAUGAAAGAAGCGGAGUGUAAAUUCAAAACAGAAGCUAAUUGUGAAUCUUUGCAACAGGUAAAGAUAGUUUCGGUGAACAACCCACUUGUCUUUCUGAAUGCCAAGAAGUUCCAUGCUGAUUUAAUAAAGAUAAUCCAGAAGGACAAUGCAAGCAACCAGGCAUAUGAUGAUAUAAACAAGUGUGAACAGAACACAUUGCUCAAUCCAUUAUCCAAUGGCAGUUGUCAUGGUGAGUCAUCCGUAGAGCCAUGCCCUAAUGAGAGAUGUGCUUUCAUAUUAGACUGCAGUGGACUGACUUUAUUUGACUAUACUGGAGUCUCGGUGCUUCUGCAGAUUUACAUGGAUUGUAAAAAUCAGAACAUUAAUGUAUUGCUAGCACAUUGCAAAGCUUCCUUGAUAAAAGCAAUGCAGUACAGUGACAACCUAGGAUCUGAAAAUCCUAUCUUCUUUGAAUCUGUUUCCUCUGCAGUUGGUGCUAUUCAGAUUAACAGGAAUUUCAGCAAACUCAAUGAACACAGUGAAGUGUGAUGCUGACAUAUUGCUGAGCGGCUAUUUUGAUCUGCUAACAUACAGACUAAGCUAUGCCAUACCUUUUCCUUAAACUUUUCAUGAGAUCCUGUAGGCAAUAUUUUGUAUGCCAGGUUUAUUUAAUAGAGUCCGUUAUGACAGUUAUUCUUUUCUUGAUCUAUAGUUGUCAAAAGUUUCUUUUCUCAAGUACCAUCAAUCAAAGUGUGUCCCUAUGUUGGAUUAUUCGGUAGUAGUUUUAUACAAUAUUUUCAUACUCACUUAGAUACAAAAUAUUAGGCAGAAGACAGAGUAUUGACCUUUAUUAGGGUGAUGUAUAUUGAUUUAACACUAUUUUAUAGUCACUUUAUUUGUAAUGCACAAACUAUACUUUUGUGCAUGGGAUAAAAAGACCUUACGAAUCCUUGCAAAUGAUCUAUUUUAACUGAUAUAGUAUAUGUUUCAGAUCAUUGUAUUUAUCCUUUCUCUAAUUAAAUCAACCAUGUACAGUAACAUCUUACAGCAUAUUCUUGUGUAAUUAGCACAGUUCUGCAUUUUUGCACAUUCUUCCUGUAUGCCUUCAAACACCCACUGAAGUAAAUGGGAGUUUGGGUGUGCCAAGAAAGUAUGUGAAAUAAAGUGGUUUAUUGUGUGUGAUCAUGUUUCUUAUUAGCACUAGCCAUGAUUCCAUUUUGCUGCAUUUUAAGAGCUAGAGGCAUCCUUUAGUUCAAGUGGAAAAUAUUUUCACUUUCAGCGCCAAAGAUUCCAGGUUUGAUCCUCUAUGGUGGUAGUGGAGUACAUUUAGUGUAACAAUAUCUCAAUCCAUAUUCCCAGCCAUUGUACAUCCUCAGAUAUGGUAACUCAAGGUAGCACCAUCAAGUUUACUGGAUGUGCAUUCAUUUAUACAGCUGAGGAUCUACCCAAAGCCCUGUAUUGUACUAGAAAUCAAAAGCAAACCUAAAAUUGCCUGUGCAAGACCUACAUAUUUCAGUAGGUAAAUGAGCAAUUUCAUGAGCAGAUGGGAUAAUUUUGUAUUUACCCAUCCAAUUACACAUAUAUCUGAGGGUCUUGUACAUGCAAGCAGAAGUUUCUGUGUUUCUUGGGCAACAGCUUGAAAGUUUGCCCUUAUAAAUUCCAGGCUUGGUUCACCAGCACAUAGUAGUUGCUUUGCCUAAGUGGGUUGAUUUGGACUAAGCAGCCAAAGUACACAUGUUAUUCUGCUAGUCUGUAAAAUUGAGGAACUGCUAUAUUAUAUUCUUUUGUUAAAAAAAUAAAGUCAUAAUGAGAGUCUAUGAAAUUCUACAUGUUAUCUGGUUCUGACAACUGCCUUCAUUUUCCUAAAGCUGAAUCUUAGUGCCAGUAAGUCCCCAAAAUACCCUAAAAUAAGGCAACAUGAAUAUUGAUGGUUAACAUGACUUUAGUGCCACUGGAAUCUGCAAGUCUGGCAGUCAAAACCAUCAUACAAAAGUUACCUUAUAAUACAAAACACAAUAUGUUAUGUAUGGGAACUGGUUUUUAAAUUUUACAACAUACAGUGGUGCCAGAUAUUUCCAUAUCUACAGCUCAUAAAACUGUAUGCAUGCUUACCAAAGGGCUCAAUGAAACCAGUUCAAACAAUUGUUUUGUAAUACAGAUUAUAUAAAACCAUAUGGGUUACACUAUUUAUGGUUAGAGGUAUGUAUGUUGGUUUCUUCCUCUGUAUUUGGUGAUCUGUGAAACAACAGCAUCGAAAUAUGAGAAUCAAGCAUGAGCCAAGGAGAAAAAGGAAACAGGGAACUGUGCAUGCCAAUUGCACUCUCUUCCCUUACACAGAUCUAAAGCACAGACAGUCAAAAAAAACCUGAGACCGAAUUGGCUCAGUCUUUGCAGGUUAGUCUAAACUGCAUAGAUUGAACUGAUAAGCCCUCCCUGCUGGUCUGGAGCAGACAGCUUGAGCCAAAGUUAGCUCACCCACCCUGGGAGGGGGAGCUUGUAGGGGAGGUGCAAAGCAUCUUGGGAUGCUGGGGGACUGUGAGUUAACUUGAGGGGAAUCUGGGACAGAAGUCCAGUAAACUGAUUCAACCUAAAUCAGUUAAGUCUGAUACUACAUCCAUCCAGGUUUAUCUUAAACUGGGUUCGGCCAUUUUGAAAGCAGUGUAUGUGAACUGAACUUCUUUUAUGUUACAGAUUUAAACCAGUUUAUGAUCACUUAUACCAGUUUAUGUGUAAUUUCUGCCCCUAGCCAAAGGGGUUAGGGGAUUAAGAUGGAAGUGAACAGCUAUACUUCUAAGGGUCAAAUUGGACGUGCUGGGAAGAAAGAAUUGCCAGGUUGCUUUGUUCAGAUAGGAAAGUGUUAGCAAGAACAAAGGCAGUGUCCAAUGGAAGUGACUCUGGCUAGACUUUCCCUGCUUCCUGCACCGUAAUCAGCUACUUCCAACUGAUGAGGCAGUUUUCUAUAGGUAUGCAUUGGGUGGUUGAGGAUACUAGAGGUUCCCAAUCAUUUUUGACCCUUUGCAUGUCUAUCCUAGAGGAAGGCUUGGAAGGCUUUUUCCUUCUUGUUACUAGGUAGAGAAGCUCAUUGCUCUCCUUGGCUAACCCAUUAAUGCAAGACUUUGGGGAAUGGGAAUCUAUAAUUCUAUCUGAGUGUGAAGACUGAAGUCAGGGAGUGUUUUUUUUUCUGUGAAUAACAUUCUUCUCAUUUGUGUUCAAGUGUCUCUGUCCUUUAUCUUUUUCUGCAAUCAUUCUGGUGAAGUUUUUGUCUAGUUUCACCCACGUAGCUUCUGUGGGGACACUUGGUGCACUGGACGAGGUAUACCACAUACUGGGAUAGACAAGAGUAGGAUAUGUGGAUUCUGCUGGUUUCAUUGUGGUGUGUGUUGAUUGUUGUAGCAGUAAAGAUGAGUUGACAGGUUUUGCAUUUUGCAGGCAGGGUUGUGUCUCAUUUGGUGCCAUACCCACACGUUGCCCUUCUACGGGUGAUCUGGUGCCAUCUUUUCAGAUAUCACUCCCAGCUGUGUGACUGACAAUGUGUUGUGAAUCUGUUGUAGAUGACAGUUGUAGCUGUCACGGGAUGGGCUUCUUGCCUAACUCUACCAUAUGCACGCCUACUGGCGUGCUGUGUUCUGAAUCAAGAACUCUCCCAUGAGAAUGCAGGCAUGUAGAGAAAACUGACUAAAAGCACAAAUUGCUGGAAGUACCAUAAACCUUAGAUAUAUUGGGCAUCUGCCAUUGACACACAGCAUGGACUUCAAGAACCCUGAGCAGUUGGUUCAGCAGGAUGUAGCAGGACUAAGAGAUAAGUGUCCUAACACCACUUCAGCACUAGAUUGCCAAUGAGUUUUGCCAAAGUUACUCAGCUGACUUAGCAGGAUAGAACAGGUUAAACAGACCGCUUGUGAAGAAAGAGCUAGAACAAAAUUUGUGCACCAUUUACUUCCCUCCUAAGUAUGUAUUGUCUUUGCACUGACCCUUUGCACAAGGAUCAGUGUGACCCCACUGGAUUAAGGGGUGUUGGUUGCUGAACUAGUCACCUUUACAUUUUGUUGUGUUAUUUAUAUGAACACCUUUAAAAUGCCCAUGUUCUUGCUCUUGUCCUACCUGGGGUCUUGAGAUAAAUGUGACUUGCAUAAAUGAAUUUGUCCUGUACUAUCAGUGCAAGGUUCUGAGCUCUGUUAGGUCUUGUUGAUUUCUGAAGGGAUUGGGGCAACUCAGUACCUAACAACAACAGGUUUGAGGAAGCUUUACAUUAAUUAACAAAUAAGAAGGCAUGAACUAAUUGCAGCAUUGGGGGUGUUAGGUGCUAAGCACCUCUGAAAAUCAAGGCACUUCCUGAGGUGCUUCAAUGUUGAUUUAGUUGACCAACUUUAUACUCCCAAAUUGGAAAUGAGUAGUUUUACUUCUGAAUUAUGUGCACAUGAACAUGAGCAAUACAGUAUUUGUUAUGUUUAUCACUUUAUAGGAAGGCACUUAUUCUUAUUUGCUGUCAAAAGAUGGUCAAUAUUUUGUGAGCUGUCAUAUUCCUUUUCUCACUUGGCUAUCAUCUUACUUUUUAGAAAUCAGUCCCAAACUCAGGUUCUCCAUCAUGAAUUUUGAUUUUUCCCCUGUCAGCUUCAAAUGUGUCCCUCAACACCAAUAUAAAAACCUAUCUGUGAGGCUAUGCUUCUUAAAGUGUUAACAUAGUACACAUUCAAAAACAAAGCAAGUGAAGAUGAAAAAAAAAGAAUUCAAACUGGCAUUAAGAAAUGAAUGUGGUGACAAUUAUAAAUUAGGUAUAAAAUAUGCAAUAAGGGGAAGACUGUUAACAUUAUAUUUAUGCAAAUUAAAUGUCUCUAAUUUUCAUCAUAUGUCUUUCAUUUUAAAGGUUAUUUGCCCUGAUUCUGUGAUUCAAGUGUCACAAGGUCUGGCUUUAUCUGCCUUGUCAUAAUUUAUUUGACAGAUCCAUAUGCUAUAAAUAUGUAAUGUAAUGAGGAAAGGUAUCUUCAUUGUUUAAUGAAAACAUUAAUGCAUCAGUAGUGGCUAUGGAUAUUGAGUGACAUUUACUGGUUACCAAAAUAAAAAUACUGUAUGUCUUGAAAAUAUAGCGUUCAUGUAUUUGGAAGGAUACUUCUUUCCUUCUAGAUAAAAUGCUCUCAUGAAUGAGUGAAUGAAUCCAGUUUUGUACUGGAUGCUAAAUGGUGCUUUCAUUGUUAAGAUGGAUUUUUAGUAAAGAUCUCCACAUUUUCAUAUGGUUUAUAAUGCAUUUAAUUGUUUCUUUUUUUGUUUGUACUUCUUUCUAUUAGCAUAUGCAACAAUAAAUUUAUAUGGAAAUAAAUUGAAA